AUGAGCCCAAUUCAGAUUCCCGUCGAUGCGAUUACCUCUCGCUUCGGCGAGCGCUUUAACAGCCUCCGAUCCCAAUCCCUAGGCUCUCGUUUUGCCAACCUCCGGCCCAUUUCCGAGUUCCUUGACGUCAAACGGGUCUCCAAGCCGGCCAACUUCGGCGAGGUUCAGAGUCGUGUGAACUACAACCUCUCUUACUUUUCGAGCAAUUAUGCCGCGGUCUUCGUGAUGCUCAGCAUCUACAGCUUGCUGACCAACUUUAUGUUGCUUUUCGUGAUUAUCUUGGUUACUGGUGGCUUGUACGGGAUCGGAAAGCUUCAGGGCCGCGACCUAGAUCUAGGAUUUGCUCGGUUCAACACUUCCCAGCUUUACACCGGAUUGCUGAUUGUGGCGGUCCCUCUCGGCUUCUUGGCUUCUCCCAUCAGCACCGUUCUGUGGCUAAUUGGGGCUACCGGCGUCUGUGUCUUUGGCCAUGCCGCUUUUAUGGAUAAACCGAUCGAGAAUGCUUUUUCAGAGGAGGCGGUCUAG